AUGGGGUUCUCUGUUGGUAGUAUUGCCCAGGCCUUGUUGUUGUGCCUUAAUGCCAUGGCCAUUCUCUCUGAGCGGCGGUUCCUCUCGAAGUAUGGACUCGCAACAGACAUGAUUGAUCAGGGCAACGGCGGUGAUGGGGGUUUUACUCCCACGGCUUUUGGUACUGGUGAUGAAUUUGGGCGUGUUCGACAAUCAUCCGGAUUUAAGGCUCAACUCGCGAAAGUCCUUAGUAGUGUUAGAACAUUGUUACGGUGGCCACUGAUACUUAUAAACAUAACUGUUAUUAUAUUUACACUUGUGUUUGGGUGA